UCACCCAGUCUUUGUAACCGGUCCUAGCCGUCGCGCCCGAUGAGCGAAGCGAAGUAUGGUAUAUUGAGUUUUCGCUGGCGGGCUCGGCAUUGAGAUCCAACUCCGGCGAUCUGUCCUCCUCCAAUCUCCUACGCCCAUGCCCCUGUUCUCCCAUUUCCGAACUGAAACCGGAGAUCCGCUGCUCGGACGAUCACAGUAGAAGAUCGGUGCUGCAAAGACGGUGGUUUUUUUCCUGUAUGAAAUAUGUUCGGGACUUGGAAAUAGCAUCGAGAAACUUAUAGGCAAGAGAAAGAGGAGGAGGAAGGUGUGAAAUCUUCUUCCAAUUGUACGUUCAAUGGCGUCCCGAAUUUUCGAGUACUUCGUCGUUUGCGGUAUUGGCCCGGAGAUCCAAACCCUCGAUGGAAUCAAGGGUUUUCAAGGAACGGGGAUCAUGUACAUGCCUUCUCUCCUCGAUCAGUUUCCGCCGUCAAAUCACUCCCUAUACCCUCCCCCGCCUCCCCAGCUUCCAACGUGUGUUCUACCGGCUGGAGUUGAAUUCUAUCCUUCAGGGGUUGAUGCUAAUGAUACCUCCACAUACCCACGCAGUUAUCCAAUUGUUCUAACCGAGGGUGAUGGCUCCAAAAUAUAUGUCAGUUGCAUUGCUUUUCGAGACCCAGUUUGUGAUGAUGUUAGUCUCGCAUAUAAGAUACCAGCAAAUUAUUUUGCUGAUAAAUGCAUAUGCCUUGUUUCACGGUCACCUAGUUUCCGAGUCCUUAGAGAUGCGCUUGAGGAGCUUUUCAUUGUUUGUUUCUCUCCUAAUUCUACAAGUAUACCACUAUGGGAGGUCAUAGCUCAUAUUGUCUCAAAUGUUUCUUUACCUACACCGGGGAAGGAUAGAAUCUUAUUUUCUAUUGAUAACUGCAUUCUGUCUGUCGAGGCCCCACCAAAGGAAGGACUUCCUCAUGCAGAUAUUUCAUUCCAGCCAUUGGUGCAGUCUUUGGACGUUGACAAUUUGAUAAUGCUAUUCACUGCUGUGUUGCUUGAGAGAAGGAUCCUAUUACGAUCGAAUAAGUAUGCGCUUUUAACUCUUGUAUCGGAGGCAAUCUGCCAUUUAAUAUAUCCUUUUAGGUGGCAACAUGUGUACAUCCCGUUGCUGUUUUUCAGUGGGGCAGACUACAUUGAUGCCCCUACACCAUACAUGAUGGGACUUCAUUCAGGUGUUGACAUAUCCGGUUUCACAUUGGAUGGCGUAGUUGUGGUUGAUCUUGAGUAUAAUCGCAUCACAACAUCAGAAGAUAUACCCCCUAUACCGGAUCUUGAAUUAAGUUUCUUGCGUAGUGAGUUAUUGAGGCUGCUGCAUCCUAAUAUUAUCAGCAUAGAUCACAUGAAGAUCAACCUGGCUGGGAUGGCUGACCAAUAUGCAAAAACAUGCAACAGAACUUGGGGAGAAGAGCAUGAUUUUCAACUUAGGCUAAUAUUCUUAAAAUUUUUUGCACUACUUUUGAGUGGUUACCGUAACUUCAUUGAGAACACCGCUAAUAACAUCUUCAAUUCUCAAGCAUUUAUGAAGAAGCGUUCGCGUUCUACUAAUCAAUCUGUUGAGUCAAUGGUGAUGAUUGCGCAAUUCUUAGAUUCUCAAGGUUUCUUGGACUAUUUGGAGAGAUUUAGCAAUUCCGAUGAAAGCAGUGGUAACCUUCUUAACAAAUUGCAAGAUGCAACCGGCAGGGGUCAAGAUCCCAUGAUUAUCUUUCCCUCUGCUGUAGAGCCUGAGAUCAUUACAGUAUCUUCUCUUUAUAAAGAGGCAGCAGGUGAAAAGUGUCAUUAUGAUCGAUUUCCAGCAAGCAUUAGGACCCACGAGCAGGAAGAAAAGCGUAGAUCCAUUCUUGCAGUAGCUAGCGGUGCUUUGGAUUAUUCUGCAAAACAAUCACCAAGCUCGCCUUCCAUGCUUGGUGGUAUUGAUUCAAAUGGGGAUGCUUUGAGUCCCAGGGAGAGGGCAGCUGAGAGGGAGCGCAUGGUAUUAGAUAUCCAAGUAAAGCUACAGGGAUUGUGGUUGCGUCUUCUCAAACUAGGAGUCACAGAUGAUCCUCUUUCAUCAUUUGAGUACGGCACAAUUCUCGCUCUGAUCGAGUCUGAUGCAGAAGGAAUAGGCGGGAGUGGCUUUGUAGAAUGCAUUAGGGAACAUAUUCAUUCGGGAUGGCAAUGCCGAUUAACUGAUGAGCAGUUCAUAGCUGUUAAAGAACUGCUUAAAACUGCCAUCAAUCGUGCUAUCUCUCGUAAUGACAUGGCCACUGUGAGGGAUGCUCUUGAAGUAUCAGCUGAGAUGUACAGAAGAGAUCCCAAUAGUGUUCCUGAUUACAUUCAACGUCAUCUUCUUUCUCUUGCCGUAUGGGAGGAUUUGCGCUUCUGGGAUAAUUAUUUUGAAUACCUGAUGGAGCGUUCUUCUAAUAAGAUGACUAACUAUGUGACUCUAGUUACCGCACAACUUGUUGUUAUUGCAACUCACAUGGCUGGGCUUGGGCUUCCAGAUGGUGAAUCUUGGAACAUAAUCGAAACAAUCGCUGGGAAAAAUAACCUUGGUUACAAACAGCUUAUUAAACUCAGAGGGUUUUUGUCACAUAUUCAUCAACUCCGAGUUGGUUACUGGGGACUUUCAGUUUGGAAGUCUCAGGCACCAUCCUAUGGGUUGCCAUCUCCGCGCCCGCAUGAUUCAUAUGAUGAAAGUCAACAACAAGGUGAAGGUUCAGGUGUUGGUCGAAGUUGGGUGCAGAGUAUGUUUAGCAGAGACCGAAGCCUAAGGGCUAAUUCUUUUGCUCGCGUUCGUAAAUGGGCUUCUGAUAGUGAUACUUCAGAGCUCCCUGGUACAGAACAGAAGAAAAUUCAAUCAAGUGUGCGCAUGUUAAGAGGCCAUUCAGGUGCUAUUACUGCUUUGCAUUGUGUUACAAGAAGGGAGGUUUGGGAUCUUGUAGGUGAUCGUGAAGAUGCUGGUUUCUUCAUCAGUGGAAGUGUUGAUUGCACGGUUAAAAUCUGGGAUCCAACUUUGCGUGGUUCUGAACUUCGGGCAACACUGAGAGGACAUACAAGACCUAUUCGUGCGAUAAAUUCUGACAGGUGCAAAGUGGUAUCAGGUUCAGAUGACCAAUCUGUCAUAGUCUGGGAUAAGCAGACAUGUCAGCUUCUGGAAGAGCUUAAAGGCCAUGAUUCAUCGGUGAGUUGUGUACGGAUGCUAUCUGGUGAAAGGGUUCUUACUGCAGCUCAUGAUGGUGCAGUGAAAAUGUGGGAUGUGAGAACUGAUACUUGCGUAGCUACUGUUGGCCGCUGUUCUAGUGCAGUCCUUUGCAUGGAAUAUGAUGACUCCACUGGAAUUUUAGCAGCUGCUGGAAGAGAUGUGGCGGCACAUGUUUGGGACAUUCGUGCUGGUCGACAGAUGCAGAAGCUCCAAGGGCACAGUAAAUGGAUCCGUUCUGUAAGGAUGGUUGGGGACAUCUUGCUCACUGGAAGUGAUGAUUGGACGGCUAGACUCUGGUCUGUUUCUCGAGGAAGUUGUGAUGCUGUGCUAGCGUGUCAUGCUGGUUCUAUUCUUUGCGUCGAAUACUCCUCAUCGGAUAAAGGGAUAAUAACUGGUUCAGCUGAUGGGCUUGUAAAGCUUUGGGAAAACGAAGAAGGAGUAAGAUGCGUGAAGAAUAUAACAGCCCACUCUGGCUCCAUUCUAUCUGUUAAUGCCGGAGAACACUGGCUGGGUAUUGGUGCUGCCGAUAAUUCCAUGUCCCUUUUCCACCGCCCUCAGGAAAGACUCGGUGGUUUCUCCAGCUCUGGGGGCUCAAAAAUGCCUGGAUGGCAGUUCUACAGAACACCUCAGAAAUCCGUGGCGGUGAUUCGCUGUGUGGCAUCCGACCUUGAUAGAAAGCGGAUAUGUGGUGGUGGGCGAAAUGGAGUUCUGCGGCUAUGGGAUGCAACAAUCAACAUAUAGUGAUUUAUCCAAGUUUUAAUGUGCUUCAAAGGUGGACAAAUUCACUUCCAAAUUUCGCUUCAUUUCAUUUUCAAUUUUUCAUCUUUGUAAAAGUUCUUUGCAAUCUUUUCUAAAAUUAUUUUGAGCUGUAUUAUUUCUAUUGCAUUUUAUUCCCAAGUUAUAUUGUCCAAAUCCACUGAAUUAUGUCUGAAUUUCUUACAUUUUGAUGUGUAUUUAGAUAAAAUUU